UGUAAAUACAGUGUUGCCAGGUCUGUUAGAAAUCCGCCUCUUCGCUGUAGGCUUUGGCGAGCGCUGUGGCGUAUUCCUGGUGCGUAAAGCAGCUCGUUAUGGGGGAUAGGAGAAACCGGAUCUGGAUUCGUGUGUGUCGGCGUGAACGGAUUUCAAAACACGGUGGUACAGAGGAUUAGAUGGCUAACGAGGAAGAGAGAAGGGCGUUUAUUUACAACAUUUAUAUUUUCUGUCUGGGUUUUAAUUUAUGAUAAUUCCUCGUCAGAUGACUGAGGAUAUUUGCACUUCAGACAGGAGGAGUCAGCGGUGGAUUUAUGCGUAAAAAACAAACACUUCUCCCUCCUUCCUCCUCCACAGGAUUGACGGCUGGCCUGAUAUCAUUGGCUGCUCGUUGGGAAUGAAUCAUCGCCUUCAUCAGGGGGGGUUCAGGGAUGCUGUCACUGUCACUGCACCCUUAAAGUACCACAGACAACCCCACUCGUACACAAAUCCACCCCGCCUGAGUGUCUCUGUUAUCUGACAUCACGAAGCAGCUCAUUCUCUGGAGCCAGCAUGGAGGAAAUCCUACGAAAGCUGCAGAAAGACGCGUCCGGCCACAAACACAAAGCUAUCCGCGAUGCCUGCGUCUACGCCUGUGAAACCCUUGUGGCUCAAAAUGGAUCGGCCAAGAUAUCCCCUUCACAACUUCGAGAGCGCUGUCUGCUGCCUCUACAGAUGGCUCUGGAGUCUAAAAACACCAAACUGGGACAAACAGCUCUCACUGGGAUGCAGAAACUCCUGUGUGAGGACAGAUUUGUGGGUGGAGUCAGCAUGGAGGUGGAGGUCCUGGAGAAGCAGCUGCUCAGCCAGAUGUUGGAGGCUAUUAGAGUAACCCCAUCCCUCCAUGAAGACCUGCAAGUGGAGGUCAUGAAGGUCCUGCUGUGUAUCACCUACUCACCAAACUUUGACAUUAAUGGAGACUCCAUCCUGAGGAUUGCUGAGGUGUGUAUCGAGACCUACGUGUCCAGCUGUCACCAGCGCAGCAUCAACACGGCGGUGAGAGCCACGCUGAGCCAGAUACUGGGAGACCUGACGCUACAGCUGCGGCACAGACAAGAGGGUGCAGAUGGAGACGAGGUGAUUGCGCCGCCCCUGCAUAGAAGAGAUAUUUCUCCUACAAGCCAGGCUCUGUGUGAAGACGUGGUGACUGUACUGACUGUUUUUUGUGAGAAGUUGGAGUCUGUGGACAGUGGAAACCAGCUCCUGCAGCUCCUCUACCUGGAGUGCCUCCUCUCAAUGCUCAGCAGCUGUCCUCCCACAAUGCACCUGUCUAGAGGUUUCACUGAUCUUGUAUGGAAGCAGCUGUGUCCGUCUCUUGUGGCGAUCAUGGGGAAUCCUGUCAAUGACAAAACCAUUGCUUCUAACCACGGCUACAUGGGGACGCCCACCAGAGACCGUCUCACCGAUAGACUCAGUCUAGGGAUCAGCCAUGAAGUGGACAUCUUCAGUGGAGGGAUAUCCGAUCAAGGCAGAGGAUCUGGUUGUUCCUCCAGCGCCCCUGCCAGGAUCGCACCUGUAGUGCGGACAGUGUGUUACAUUGCUGCCGAGCUUGUGCGCCUGGUGAGCUGCGUGGAGUCGAUGAAGCCUGUGCUUCAGUCCCUCUACCACAGAAUCCUGUUGUACCCGCCCCCUCAGCACCGCACCGAGGCCAUACGCAUCAUGAAGGAGAUUCUUGGCAGCCCUCAGCGGCUGUACGACCUGGCCGGCCCUUGCGUUGCUGAGCCUGAAACCAGGAAGCGCUCCUUCUCCAAGAGGAAGUCCCACCUGGACCUACUAAAACUAGUGAUGGAUGGGAUGACAGAGGCCUGCAUGAAGGGAGGCAUCGAGGCCUGUUACGCUUCAGUCUCCUGCGCCUGUGCUCUCCUCGGGGCGCUGGAUGAACUGUCCCAAGGACGCGGCAUUCAACCUGAGCAGGCUCGGCUACUCCUAAAACGACUCGAAGAUCUGAAAGAAGGGACAGAGUCGACACGCGAGUCCAUGGAGAUCAACGAGGCAGACUUCAGGUGGCAGAGACACAUCCUGUCCUCAGAGCAGCCUCCUUGGGACCCCACUUCUUCUUCCUCCAACGUCGCCACCAGCGGAGCCACCGAGCGCAGCCCCGACAUCAGCAUCAGCAUCACCACAGAAACGGGCCAAACCACCCUGGACCUGGAGGUGGGGGAGCUCGGCCUGGGUCACACCACUCCCGAGGACUGUGGGGAGGAAGCACACCUCCCCUCGCCGUCAUCCUGCGGGGGCCAGGAGGGGAAAAAACAUGAGCUGAGCAUGGAGGUGGGUGAGAGGAUUCAACGUGAGGAGAUAGGAAGCACAGUGGAGGUCGAGGGGAGAGGAGAGAAACCAAGAGCUGGAGGAGGAGAGAGAGGAGCUGUGGUUCCUCCAGAUGUUGUGCAGCGAAGUCAUGCCCUGGUCUACCCAGACAUCACCAACUUCCUGUCUGUGGAGUCCAGGACCAGGACCAUCCACGGAGGAGGGUCGCGAUACAGCGAGAGCAAUUUCAGCAUGGAGGAGCAGGACUUGUCUCGGACAGAGUUUGACUCAUGUGACCAGUACUCCAUGGCUGCUGAGAAAGACUCUGGACGCUCCGACGUGUCCGACAUCGGUUCUGACAACGUCUCACUGGCUGACGAAGAGCAGCAGACCCCUCGCGACUGUCCGGGUCACCGCUCCCUGCGCACCGCCGCCCUGUCGCUCAAACUGCUCCGCAACCAAGAGGCAGACCAGCAGAGUGCACGCCUCUUCUUUCAGUCGCUCGCCGCUCUGCUGCCACGGCUGCUGGGAUUGGCGACCGCAACCGAGGUGGACCUGUCGCUGCAAAACUUCACCUCCUCCUUCUGCUCUGGCCUGCAAGCUGGUGGGAUCCACUCUCCAGGUUUCGAGGCAGGUGACACUCUGAGCUGUCAUUCUCUGAUGAAUGCAGACGGUCUGUACCUUGUGUCGUACUACGCUCUGCUGCUCAACCUCAAACUUUGCUGCUGUGACUACUACAGACGACGGACGCUCACACCUGUCCUCAGUCUGAAAGAGUUUGUGCGUCUGAUCCAGAGCAGCGGAGUCCUCGUGGUUCUGUCUCAGGCCUGGAUCGAGGAGCUCUACCACCAAGUGUUAGAUCGCAACCUGCUGGCUGAAGCUGGUUACUGGGGCUCACCUGAAGAGCACACACUGCCUCUUAUCACCAUGCUGACAGAUAUCGAUGGUCUGGGCAGCAGUGCGAUUGGAGGUCAGCUGAUCAGGCGGGCUUCCAGCAGAUCCCCACUCAGCUGUGACAAGGCUGGCAGUGACACUGUGAUGGCAGGUGCUGUCUUCUCCCGUUUCAUCCUCACUGGCGUGUGGAAGAACCUGAUCGACGUCCUGUCCACACCGCUGACGGGUCGCAUGGCGGGCAGCUCAAAGGGCCUGGCCUUCAUCCUUGGAGCGGAGGGUGUCAAAGAGCAGAGUCAGAGGGAGAGAGACACCAUCUGUCUGAGUUUAGAUGGGUUACGAAAAGCUGCUGCCCUCAGCUGUGCUUUGGGUGUUGCUGCCAACUGUGCAUCAGCUUUGGCCCAGAUGGCUGCAGCCUCCUGUGUGCAGGAAGAGAAGGAGGAGAAGGAGGUGUGUGAGACGGGAGAUGCCAUUACACAAGUGAAACAGCGGGUCGAGCAGCGUCUGGAGCAGAUCGCUCGUCCUCAGGGAGUGCGACUCCACACUGCUCACGUGUUGUGUAUGGACGCCAUCCUGAAUGUGGGACUGGAGAUGGGCAGCCACAACCUGGAUUGCUGGCCACAUGUAUUCAGAGUGACAGAGUACAUCAGCUCACUGGAGCACACCCACUUCAGUGACGGCUCCACACAGUCGUCCUCUCUGACCACCAUCACCCAGCAGGCAGGGGGCAUAGAUCUAGGGUUGGAGCUGAGCUGUGAGCCCAGCCCAGAAUCCUCUGAUUUGGGCCUGAGCCAGCCAGUCAUCCAGCCUCUGUCCAUCCAGGAGCUGCUGAGGGAAAGCAGCAGAGGAGGCCGAGGCCUGGAUGGGAAGACCGGCAGCCUGAUGACUGGGAACAGUGCUGCCAAGGCUGUGUGCACACUGUCAACACAGGCCGACAGGUUGUUUGAAGAAGCAGCUACCAAGCUGAACCUGGUUGGUCUGGUCGGCUUCUUGCAGCAGCUCAGGAAAGCUUCUCAGUCUCAGUUGUUUGACUCUGUCACUGAGACUGGAGACUACUCACUGGCAAUGCCAGGAGAGGCCAAGUCCACCCUGGACCGUCGCAGUGCUCUUCAUCUCUUUCGUCUGGGCGAGGGGAUGCUGAGGAUCGUUCGGAACAAGAAUCGGCCUCUGCUCCACAUGAUGAGGGCCUGGAGCGUGGUGGCUCCACAUCUGGUGGAGGCUGCCUGUCAUAAAGAGCGCCACGUUUCCCAGAAGGCAGUAUCCUUCAUCCACGACGUUCUGACCGAGGUGCUGACGAGCUGGGCGGAGCUUCCACACUUCCACUUCAACGAGGCGCUGUUCAGGCCCUUUGAACACAUCAUGCAGCUGGAGCUCUGUGACGAGGACGUGCAGGACCAGGUGAUAACAUCGAUAGGCGAGCUGGUGGAGAUGUGCUCCCCUCAAAUCCUGUCAGGGUGGAGGCCUCUAUUCAGCGCUCUGAGGACUGUCCAUAGCAGCAAGACUGAUACCAAAGACUACCUGGUGGGGGAGUACUCCAUGGGAAAGUCCCAGGCUCCAGUGUUUGACGUCUUUGAGGCUUUCAUCAACACCGACAACAUCCAGGUUUUUGCGAACGCUGCCACCGACUACAUCAUGUGUCUAAUGAAGUUCGUUAAAGGCUUAGGAGAGGUGGACUAUAAGGAGAUUGGGGACUGUAUCCACGUGUCAGGUUACAGCUCCACUGACCUUUGCCUGCCUGCUCUUGACUACCUUCGCAAAUGUUCCCAGUUGCUGGCCAAGAUCUAUAAGAUGCCAUCCAAGCCGGUGUUCCUCGGGGCACGACUCGCCAGCCUGCCAAUGAGAUCACAGGAACGCUCCAUCAGCACUGAGGACGGGAUGGACUGUGUCCUGCAGGAGUUUGAUGACGACACUGGUCUCAUCCAGGUGUGGAUUCUGUUGUUGGAGCAGCUGACAGCAGCUGUGUCAAACUGUCCUCGCCAACACCAGCCUCCAACCUUGGAGCUGCUUUUCACUCUGCUCAGAGAGGUCUCUAAUGUGCCAGGCCCCGGCUUUGCCAUCUUUUCCGUCAUUCAGCUGCUGCUUCCUGUGAUGGCACUGUGGCUACAGCGCAGCCAUGGUGACCACUCCUAUUGGGAUGUGGCAGCUGCAAACUUUAAACACGCCAUUGGUCUGUGCUGCGAGCUGGUGGUGGAGCACGUCAACAGUUUCAUCCAUUCAGAUAUUGGCUACGAGUCUCUGAUCAACCUGAUGCUGAAGGAUCUGUUUAAGCUGCUCGUAGCCUGUGUGUCUGAACCUGCAGAAACAAUUUCCAGAGUGGGAUGCUCCUGUAUCAGGUAUAUUCUGGUCACAGUGGGUCCUGUGUUCACAGAAGAGAUGUGGAGGUUAGCCUGUUGUGCUCUGCAGGAUGCUUUCUCUGCUACGUUAGAGCCUGUCAAGAACCUUCUAGCAUGUUUUCAUAGCGGCUCAGACAGCUUUUCUGGAGACGCCUGUGAGGUGAAGGUGGCAGCUCCGUCACACUCGCCCUCAGCUGAGGCUGAGUACUGGAGGAUCAAGGCAAUGGCUCAGCAGGUCUUUAUGUUGGACACCCAGUGCUCACCAAAGACACCCAAUAACAAGGAAGGCUUUGAGCAUGCUCAGUCCUGUGUUCUCAUCAUCGAGCUGCCGCCUGACUCCCAGUCCAACGGACACACUCAGAAAAGGAAAAUUGGGAUCCCAUUUCGGACCAUCGUGGUGAGCCUGCUGUCCCACCAGGUCCUGCUGCAGAACCUCUACGACAUCCUGCUGGAGGAGUUUGUCAAGCAGCCUGAGGGACAAGAGAAGGUGACACCUGUGAGCUCAGACCCCAGCAGAGCUUCAGCUGGCUUCCUGCGCUACAUCUCCAUGACAAACUUAGCUAUAAUCCUGGAUCUGCUGCUGGAUUCUUACAGGACGGCGCGUGAUUUUGACACUCGGCCAGGUCUGAAGUACCUGCUGAUGAAGGUGUCAGGAGUCUGCGGAGCGGCUAAUCUUUACCGUCAGUCUGCCAUGAGCUUCAACCUGUACUUCCAGGCCCUGCUGUGUGCCACACUGAGCCAAGCUGACGGCAUGACUGCACAGCAGGUGAAGAGGAUCCUGUAUGAAGAAGAAGAGGGGAGUUCUGACUCCUCUCACCCUGGAUCUGCUUCCUCAGAGGACGAGGAUAUCUUUGAAGAAACAGCACAGGUUAGCCCCCCUCGCGGUAGGGAUAAACGCCUUCACUGGCGAGCCCCUAUCCCGUCUCUCAGCGUGCAGCCGCUGGGCAGCGCGGACUGGGCCUGGCUGGUGAAACGCCUCUACAAGCUCUGCAUGGACCUGUGCAACAGCUUCAUCCAAAUGCACCGGGACCUAGAGAGCACACUGGAGGAGACGGCACUGCUGAGAGGAGGACCAGGAGGUGGAGGAGAUCACGUCUUCUUCCUGCCCCUCUUUCAGUCUGAGACUUCCACCCCAACAUCGGCUGGUGGGCUUUCAGCGAGGGGGACGCCAUCAGAGGAAGGCGGGUACAGAUGUCAAACCGACAUUAGUGCAGCAUCACCUGGAGACACGCCCACACCCAGCCCAGGAUUCAGCUGCACAGGAAGUCUGCCCCACCACCACCGAAGCGGUAGUGAGAGGAGAGAAUCCAGCCUCACAGGGAGCUCGGUGGGAGGAGCUUCUGUCAGCUCCGGACCAGGAAGAAGAAAAGAAUGGUGGGAAAGCGCUGGGAACAAACUCUACACCAUCGCCACAGACAAAACUAUCAGUAAGCUGAUGAUGGAGUACAAGCGCAGGAAACAGCAGCAGCAGCAACCACAGCAGAGUCAGCUCAACCUGUUCAUGAAGGAGCAGGGCCGGGCAGCUGCAGGGGUCGGGGAGAGGAGGGGCCCAAUGGAGCCACAGAGGCCCCCACAGAGGCCCCAGCAACUGGUGGACCAGCAGGUUCCCCCUUUGAGGCACUCUGUAAGCGCGGGACCUGAAGUCCUGAGGCAGGAGAAAAGACCACGGUCAGGAUCCACAAUCAGUUCCCACAGCAUCUCACUGAGGGACUCUGAGGCUCAGAUACAGGCCUGGACGAACAUGGUCUUGACUCUCCUCAACCAAGUCCUCCUCCUGUCAGACGCCUCCUUUCUGGCUCUCCAGCCGGCGUUCUACCCCUGCCUCAGCCAGCUCACCUGCCACGUGACGGACGCCCGAGUUCGCCAGGCGCUGCGUGAGUGGCUGGGCCGGAUCGGCAGACUCUACGACAUCAUUCUGUGACGUUGCAGCGGAGAAAUGCAAACAGCACUGGACUAGUUUUUGAGUCGGUCUGUCGGUGAAGGAUGACGAACAGGUGAAUUAUGAAUGAGAUGGAUGCAGUUGAUGACAGCGUCACUAUGCAGUAGAUUGAUGAAGCGUUUAAUCAGCUGAUGAUCCCGCGGUGUAUCGCACUAGCAGAACAUUUAGAGACUGGGGGGACGUCGGUGAGCAUCAUGUGACAUCAAGUUUGAGGAUGUGAUUGUGAAUGUGCCAUUUCUGCCUCUUGUGCUUCGGUCAAAGAUGUUCAGCAUCACACAACAAACACUCAAAGAAAACACACUCCUCCUCGUCUUUUCUCUAUAUUGUGCCUCUUUUUCUCCUCUCUCCUCUGAAAUGUAUCUUCAGUUCCUAAAAUACAUCUUGAGAAGAGAGGUGCGAUGAGAGGAGGCUUGCUCGAAGAGCUCAGAUGACGCACAGGUGUAUCUCGGAGGCUUGACCUACAGCUGGUAGAUACAAACCAUAAUUAUAAGUUGUCAUGAACAUUGUUAUACUGAUCUGAUGGAGACUAUAAAAGACAGCAGCAGGCUGAAACAGCAAAUUAGGCCCAAGAUGCAGCUGUGCCAUAAUUCAUACAAAGUUAGCAUCACUUCAAACUUCGCUAUGAAGCAUUACUGUAACUUCUUCACCUUCUCAGCUCGCAUCUCAAGAAAAUAGAAGGAGUUCUUCUAUCAAAGCUUUUGAUGAUUGGAUUGAAAUGCCAUUUAAAAACACAACUGUUCAUAAUAUUGUCACAGUAUUGCAAAGUUCUCCAAUAACAGCAUCAAUGCCUUCAACAGAGAACCUCUACAGUCAGACAGUGCUAACAGAAAUAAAGGCAAAAAACAAUCAGAGACUUCAGAGAUCAGACUGAAAAUUGCUCCAUGUCGUCACAGAAAUCGAAGGGAAAUAGAGGAUCUUUGAUUGAUUUUCAUUCAGGCCUGUGUUUCUUCUGGCUUUGAUAACAACGCAAAUAACAAUACAAACUGCACAUCAGCAUUUAUCUCCUACACAGGACUUUCACCAGAUCCGUGUUCGGACUGUUUCUGAAUCCGUUGCGGUCCGACUCUGGGCUCUCUCGUCCGUCAACACCCACCGGUUGUGUUUUCGGGACGCAGUACGGAUGCGUCAUGCUCUGGCAUCUGACAAAAAAUGGAAAUCUAUCUUAUCUGAUCCCAGAAGGCUCCGGUGUGCUGGAUCAGAGACGCAGCCUGAACCCAAAAGAGCAGAUCCAGUGGAAGUUAACACAUUGACUAGAAUAGAAGCCUAUCAGAUCCAGUGCAGUGAAGGAUCAGAGACUGAUCGGACAUGGAUCUGGUGGAAUUUUGCCGUUAAAGAGAUAACACAAAGAGGAGAAAGGAUUCUGCCCCACAGUAUUUGACAGACAGUUAAUCUCUGAGAAAUGUGAUGCACAUACGUCACAAAGACAGAUCACAAGUAUGAAAAAAAUCAGACUAAAACCAGGUCACUGAGGUCGAGGUUCAAAUGCUGUUAUAUUUAUUAGUUUUCCGAAGCUUUAGAGAGCGAGGCCACAUUUUCCCCGGCGUGGAGUUGUUUCACAUUCAAUCUGAUUGUAUUGAAGUGUUUGUCUUUCUGCAGCUUUAAAUACAGCGCUCCGUCUCUAUUAACUGAAUGUUUUUGGUUCACAACGAGUGUUUCACCAAACUCAAGUAUUUAUUUUAGACAAAUGACAUUUACCUACAGUAUGUGCUUUAAUACAUUUACUGCCUAUGACAAAAUACAAUUUAUUUUAACCACAUAUGUGCGUUCAUAUAUUUAUGCAGAAUAUUUAUUUAUAGGGGGUAAAUUGAUAGUUGGUUUCCAUGAUUUAUUAUUUGAUGCAGUAUGUGUUUGCACUUUUAUGUACUAUUUGUAUUUAUUUAUUUACGUAUGUAUUUAUUAUUGGCAGUUUUUAAUGAAUGCACUUGAAUUUUAUUGUGUUUCUGUCCGGGUAAGGCCCCACGUUGGCACCACACACACACUGUCAGGUUAGGGUUUUGAUUGCCAAAGGUCUGCUGAUGCUAAAUGUUUGUUUAUGAUAAACCAACUGCAUGCAUGAUGGUGAAGCUACAGAAACUGCUUGAACAUCAAGAAAUGCACCAUAAAACCAUUUGCAUUAAAAGUCUUUAUGCAUUAAAUGUCAGAAAAUAGUUUGCCCUAGCUGUUGUUAUGAAUAUUUCCUUUGCUCGGCCAGCAGAACAAGCAUUUAGAACAAACAAACAGCAAGAGUGAAUACAUCUGAGCAAAUAAAUGUAUGUUUUCUUGCUAGCUUAGUAGCGUAAAAACUAAUUGGCAUCAUCGAAAAAUCAUCAAAAAACAAUGAGCUGCCUGAUGCAAAAAAACCUCUGCUGUCGAUAUUCUCACUCUCUCAUGGAUGAACCUAUGUUUUUUUUAAGACCCCUGGUCUUUCCUCUAACAGCACCCGGGUUCAGGUGUAACCUGGGACUUCCACCAGAUCCGUGUUCAGUCCGUCUCCGAUCCACCCGGUGCCUGACUUCCCGUCCCGCUUGAUCUGCUCUGUUGAGAUUUAAGUGUUUUGCUCCGUCUGGCAAAAAUAGAAGUCUUGUGUAUCUGAUUCGGCAAAGUGGCACCCUCCAAAUCACAUAUGCAUUCGUAGUACAACGGAGCGGAUCCAGUAGAUGUUAACACAUUGACUAGAAUAGAAACUAUCAGAUCCUGUAACAUGACAGAUCGGAGACGGACCGAACACGGAUCCAGUGCAAUUUGGUCGUAAGUCUCCCAAGUGCACAAACUAAAUUUGAAAACAAGGCUUGCAGAUUUAUUUCUAUGCCCUGUCAUCUGACUUGCUAGACCUGAUAUUAGAACAGAAAAGUCUGGUUUUAGCGUCGUAGCCUACGUACGAAGGUCUGCGUAGCUCCCGUACCUACUCAGAGGCCUACGCAUGUAGCUGACGCGCACCUCCUCCAUUGAAUUGACGCGGACCACAAGCCCUGAUUGGUUCACUCGACUUAAUCUCCUCCAACGUCUCCUUUCUACCCUGUAACCAUUGCUGUAUGAUAAACAGCAACAUAUAUCAGCUCUAAAUUAAAAUAAUACUCUUGAAUUGCUGUGAAAGAGGAACCAGAAAAAAUAGCGGGGCCCGUAACAGGUGACCCGACGAUCAGAGACACCACACUGCCCUCAAGUGUUUCGGAGUAUUGCUAUGUGACACAGACACAUUGACGCACAAGUAUGUAGUGCUCACGUCCGUGUCGGUCACUGCUGCGUAGGGUCGACACAGAAGUAUAAACCAGGUUUAAGUCUGAUAUGUCACUCAUGGGUUAACUCGUGUAAGAUCUAUUCAGAUCAAAUAAAACAAACUUGUGUUACUGCAGCCCAAAACCAGAGCAUGUAAGAAAAGGGCCAACAAAAAACCACAUACUUUAAACCAAACCUGACCUUUAUACUAAAAUACAAACUGCUCAGAAGAGAUUAUGACGGACUGAAAAACUGACCGGAUGAAUGAAAGAAAGAGGAAGCGCUUAACUGAUGCUAACUUCAUUAGCUCGGACAAUAUUCAGGGCAGGCAGUCUGCGAGGGUAGGGCGUCUGACGCUCCUAAGAAGAUUUACCCUCUGUGUGUUUGUUGUUUCUCUCAGUCAGACAAAUCAAGUCUCUUUAUUUAUAGAACAUAUUUAAAAUCAACAAUUGUGGACCAACAUAUUCUGCAGAGAGAUUAAAUUAUGAUGUUGAGUUCAAUCAAACAAAAACACAGAGACAAUUGAAUAUGAACACAGACGACAAUAAGAGGAUACAAGUAUAUGAAUGAAAGCAUAGAAACAGCUACAGUUGCUACCUUUGCUUUAUAGUGAGUAUUCAACAGACCAAUGCCAACACAUGACAAUGGUUCUGAAGUGGCUGCCUGUAAUGAAGGACAGUGAUUUGUUGAUGCAUGUGACUGCUGAUCCAAGCAUUUUCAUUCUCAUCUCCUCAGCUGCUUUAACACGUCACCUAAGACGGCCCUAAAAACACAAGUAAUCUGAAUAUCAACUAAGAGCAUUUUCCACCAAACUCCUCAAGACACUGAAGGAGAAGGCAUUCAUCAUCAUACAUGUCUCACAAACAUCAUCAUGAACAUGAAAGCCCAUCAAUCAAAGAAAUACUCCAGAGACGCAGGUUUUUGAGAUUUUGUUUCUUCUUAAAGUAGGUCAGGCUAUUUUUAUUUUAGAAUCAAUUUGGUUAUAUCGUUGAAAUCCUCUUAAAAUCUCCAGAGCAAUCAAUAAAUCAAAUGCAAUGACAGAAAAUAGAGGAAAUAAAUCCAUUUCUAAUAUGAUUUUACAAACUACACUGGCAUGUGUCUGUUUGUACAUUUCAGUGUCAAGUGCCAAUGUUUGCAUUUUAGUGGAGUUAUGACUUACCUGAAGCCACACAACAAAAAUUUGGGCUGAGGGAAGAUUAAAAAUAAACACUGCAAGGUUUAAAAUUGUUUAACUACAUCAGGCUGAAUAAGUCACUUCCUAUGUGAAGUUUUGUCAUGGCACCUCUUAUUUUCAAAGUAGCUUACUGGAAUUUGCUGACACUUUACUUCCUGUUUACCUGUGAAGGUCAAAACAAUUAAUUCAUCUCUGCUGCGUUUGCCCUUUUCCCGCUCACAAAGAACACGCUGAUAUGACUACAGCACAGUCAGUUCUCCAAACUCCCCUGCAAUGGUCUGUUCCUCAAAGCAACAGUCCGCUAUAGAGAAAUAGCAGACCCCAAAAUGCCAUAAUUAACCAAUCAGAAUCAGCCGUGUAAUAAUGACUUUGUCUGAGGAAAAAAAGACAGCUGAAAACAAAGAUACCAAGCCAAGAGUCCUUUAAUUUUGCACUUCCUGCUUCCUGGCUUUUGUGUCAGUACCCCACUUGACCCGCAAUCCCACUAAAGUGACGUCAGAUAACUGAUACAAUUUUGGUUUAAUAAAAGCCUUAUCCCUGGUCCUACUUGGAAAUCUGUCUUGCAGGGUCAGUCUAAUCGACAAACAGCAUUAGCAUGUCUCGUCUCUCUGCCCUGUCCUGCCUCCUCUGUCCCUCUGCCCCGCCCUGUGUCCCUGACCCGUCCCCGUUUGUCUUCAUUCCCUGAUAUCUGAUGGCCAGCGGUGAACGGACAGAUGUUGUCGGCCAUCAGUGUGAUCAGCUGCAGUGAAGGGCAGGAUUUACUUGGUGUUAAAUCCAUGACAGCGUUUCCAUUUGAGAGAAAAAAAAAAAAAAAAAACGCAGUCGACUAAUGUGUCAGUGUCAUGCAACAGUUCAGCCUGAUUUUCACUGAGUCAAUCGCUCGGACGAUUAUCCUGCUUUCAGUCCCACUAGUAUUCUUAUUGUGUCAACAUUUUUAUGAUUUGAGAUAAAUCUUACUUAGUUUCAGUACUUACGUUCAUUUCAUGCAGUAGAUUAGGAAAAGAUUGAGUCAUAAAUGUUUAAGCAAGCUGACACACGCAAAAACUUCAUCUGCACACUAAGAAGAUUUGAUUCACUUAGGUGAAGCUCCAAACUCGUACAUUGUUUGCAAUCUAUCAGCAGAAUGAUUUCAUGAGACAGUAUUUGUGAGAUUUAAAGCUUUCACUCAGUUUGAAUCAGCUCUUUUUAUGCCUUUCCCCAUAUCGGGAAAUUAAGAGUUCAGACUGACUGAUAAAAAUACAAACUGAGAGGUAAAAAUGUUAAAAGAAGAUUAUUUGAAGAGGUUUGCCUGAAAAAUUAACUAGGAAUUAAUGUAUCAUGCUUUGGUGUCAGAAGGGAAAAAACUGCACGCGUGAAAGCAGAGCAGACACUGACACUAAUCAAGGAAGGCUGCACAUGACCCAGACAUCUGACACAGUUUCCGAAGUGGACUAUCACAUGACAGAGGUUGUCAUAAGCAGUGGUGUACUCAGGAUGGGGGGGGGGGGUGGACUGUCAUGUCAAAAAGAAAAAAAGAAACCGCGCUAAAUUGCCCUCUUGGAUUUCACUAUAGUAGAUGAAACACAAAAAAUUGCCUUAUCAGGUUCUCUUUCAGUGGAAAAAACAUGAAAAAGGACCCUCUGGAUGUCCAGGUAGUUAAUUGUUAUGUUGUGUUAUGUUAACUAUGUACUAUAAUCAAUAAUAUAGAAAGAAAGAAAUAGUUUCCUUUUUCAUAAUUCUAUUUCCAGCACAAUUGUUCUCAUAAAUAUUCACCAGAAUGCAGGAAAUUAAGUGUUAGCAGCUCAAAACUUUCUUGUUAACGCUGCCUCAAUACAUUUAAAUUCACCCUAAACUGUGAGUACAGGGGUUUGAAAGGAGGUGCCCUUAUUUGCGGGGUUUCUGCCCCUGCCCCUCAACCAGCCUGAGGACACCACUGACCAUGAGCAUUGCACCUUGCAGUAUUUAGAAAGUUACAGUGGCAAGGACAAACUUCCUUUAACAGGCAGAAACCUCCAGCAGGGUCAGACUCAUAUUAGACACACAUCUGCCUCGACCAAGUUGGGGUUGGACAUGUACUUCUCAUUCUAGCUGGAACCCACAAGAGCAAACAUGCAAUACACAUGACCGGAGUUGUAACAUAAACUGGUAAUCUAUCUCAUGAUCAACAGAACAUAUCGUUAUUUUCUCAUACAGUCAUAUCUCAGCUCCUCACAAUACAAGUCAACAAAGGCAAAUCCAACGGGUGACUAGUGGUGGCCAUGGCCCCCUUCAUGACAUCUGACUGGCCCCGGACAAAGUCCAAAGUUUCGGUUACUUUGAACAUACAUCCUUUAGACCAUAAAGAUUUUAGCUUAAAAGAUUUCAAUGCUGCACUCUGUUAUAAGUUAAGAAUGAAACACUUUUGGAAACUGCAAUGUCAGAAUUCAAAGUAGAUACGAGUAUUGAAGACAGAAAGAGUGAAUUUAUGAUAUUUAUUCAUGCAACCCCAGUGAAUUAAGUCUGGCUCCACCUGUGCAGGUCAAAUAUAACACAUGCAAAACACACAAAUACAGGUUUCUCAUACAGCAUGAUUCUCCCGGGCUGUAGUGUUGUUUGCCUUCAAUAAUAAGCCAUCAGUAAUUGUGGGUAAUUAGUAUUUAGUCAUUGUUUCCUUGCCUGUCCUCAAACUAAAUGAAACACCAAACCAGUGGACGACUCCUUAAAUCGUGUUUGACUUUAACCUGUAGAGUUUUCACGACCUAGAUUGUUGCUCUUUAACCAGUGUAGCAGGUGUAACAAGGUUCUAUAAACCAAAGACAAAGCGUCAAUGAAGGUGUCUGUGAGGUGUGGUGAGAAGCAGUUGUGUAACAUGGUGCAGCUUCUGUUUUGGAUUUUACCUGACACAUGACUCUUCAGUGCAAACACACUUUACACGUCACUUUAAGAUGAAACUCAACAGAAGGUGACACUGCAAUGUUUUUUUAUUUUUUGGGGGGGAUGUUUCCUUGAAUGGCACGAUUAUAAAAAUAUAUGAUGCAUCUCUCUGUAUCCUUCCUGAUUGCAGACUCUGCUUCUAGAUUCAUGUCGUUGGUUUGCAUCUGCGUCCUUUGCUGACAUUGAACGCUGUAAGCCAGACAGACCGAUGAGCAGGCCAGCUAAUGUUGUGACUGUGAUUUCUAAAAGUGUAUUUUUCCUCUGCUUUUGAUAUGAAAAAAAAAGCACCUGUAAUCUCUCCUCUCUGUGUUUCUAAGCUGCUCUAGCUUUUUCAGUCUUACAGUCGUGUAUCUGCUGUAUGUUUCAAAGCGCUCCUCUGGGCAGCCCGUCUGCUCUGUGUGUUGUACAAUAAAAGCAGUUUAUCUCA